CUCUACGACUUGGAAUUGCUUGCCAUAGAUUCAAUCUCAACACAGGUGAAGAACACUAAAUUUUGGCUAAGUAUUUUGCCCGUUUCAGGUGGCACACUUUGCACGUCUGGAACUUUCAAAUGGCUUGGUGGAAAUUCGAGUUUAAGCACUUGUUUUGAACAUGGAGUGAUGUUCUUUGAGAUGGGAUGCUUGGAAGCUCAAGAAGAACCCAGGAAGGUCCUCGUCCAAGUCAAUCAAAAACGGAUCUGCGAAGUUGAAGUUUGCUAGAAUUUGGCUAAGGGAGGAAGGCUGUUCGAGAUAGCUACUUUGGGGCUUUAUUACGGGAGCUUGAGGUGCAAUCAAUGGAAGGUGCGAGUGGGAGAUGAUAUUCUUCAACCUUCUAAGCCACGAGAAGGAGUUGGCUGAGUUCGACGUGACCUAGAAAGUCAUUUUCUACAAGCUCGUCUUGUUAUCCGGGAGUGAAGUGCCACAAUCCCAUUCAUAUUUUUUUAUCUACAUAAGCCAAAGCCCAUAGCACUGGCCUUCCAUCCGCAAUAUUUUUUUUGUUUAACGAAGUGCUUAUGCUUUCACUCGAAAAAGAAGUUCAGAAUCAUUUUUCAGAUGCGAGAAGAGUACCAACUUCAUCGACGAUCAAUUGCCAUGUGCUCUAUUUCUCCCUUCCCUCGGACUCCACGGAGUUAAGAAGGCGGAAUAGGAGUCAAGUGAUUCGCACUCCAUUCAUCAUCUCGUGGAUCCGUUGGCGGCUCAACAAUCAACCAUUGUGAGGGAUGAAAGUCCGGGCGUUGCAAUCAAGAAUCGUAGUUAGACCGUUGAUACCCUGCCGAGCUGAAUAACUGAGCGACGGCGAAUGGUAAGCUUCCUCGUUCACUCGUGCGGGUCGGCACACACAUAAAAAUGAGAUUGUCAUAAAUUGACAAGGUAAUAUUUCCAAUUUUUAAUUAGAAAUGGCAUACCCUUUGAAGCUAGAAUGUAUUUUCCUUGAUAUCUAGCAUAAUGCAUGAACGGAUCCUUAAACAACCAUAGGCUGGUCCGAAAACAAUUAUCAAACACUUCUGCAAAUUGUUCUAUUUUUCCAUAGAAAUACUUUCGCUCAAGAAGGAACUGAUAAAAAGUGGAUCAUAAAUGAAAAGAUUGGUUAAGAAGAAAAAAGAAGAUGGAUUCGUCGCAGCUCUCCGCUCAAGCAAGCCGGAGCCCUUCUAUUGCUCCAUUGAGCUCAACUUUUAUGACUGAGCAAGACCCAAUGGGCGAUGAAGGUUUUAAGUCUCAUCCCUUCGGAUGGCGCUUAUGAUCAAUCAAAUCCGAUCGAGAGGUUGGUUAGAAUGGGCCGUAAGAGGUUAUACUCUUAUUAUCUGUCCUCUACGACCGAUCGAUUCCCAGUUUCUUUUUCUUUUCGGCUUCGCCCCUUUUUUUCGAAGUACCCAUAGCGAGGGUUGAUCCCACGACCAUAAAUUCUAAAUAAUGCUUCUUUUUCUUUUACUUUGUUUUUUCAUGUUCAACGUGAACCUCUGGCAAGAGGUUUUUCACUAUCAUUUCCAGUUGCCCCCCUCGAGGGGUCUGGUUGUCAUUUGGGAUGCCCUUUUCCUCCAUCUGGUAAUGUACUCAGACUUUUUAUGGCGGUUCUUCCUUCUAAUGACCGGCAUAUCUAUGAUUCUUUUCUUCCAUAUGAAGCAGCAGGCAUCGGUUCGUAGAACCUAUAAAAAAAGAUGUCUGUGGCUCGAAGGUACGGUUGAGCAAUCGACAUGAUAUAUUUGCUCACAUUCCAGGCGAAGGUCAUAAUUUGCAGGAACAUUCUAUGGUCUUAAUAAGAGGAGGUGAAACUAAGUGGAGGUCCGAACCGGCUGAUGUUGAAGAAUCAUCGGAUGAGUUGUGGUUAGGGGUGAAAUGCCACGCGAACUUAGAGCUAGCUAGUUCUCCCCGAAAUGCGUUGAGGCGCAGCAUUUGACUGGACAUCUAGGGGUAAAGCACUGUUUCGGUGAGGGCCGCGAGAGCGGUACCAAAUCGAGCUCUCUUUGGAAGGGUUGAUACCCUAGUUCAACCCGAUCGCUCACGGCUAGAGAAGCUUGUAACCAAGCAUGAAGCUGAGGAAGACGUGGAACGGUUGUGUGGUGAGGUGACUAGUGAGGAUGUUUGGCAAGCUAUCUUCUCUAUGGAUCCUCAUCGAGAGUUGGGUAAAGGCUGGUUGCGAGACGUGAGCAGGAAGACAGAUUUCCUUGUGCAAGUAGGAUUACUUGAGCUAGAAGAAUUCCUUAUUAUAGUAGAUUUCUUUUACCAAUUUUGUACCAAAUUGUUUCCUUGUUUAAAUAGGUUAGUUUUUUGUUCGUUUGGCUAUAAAAGCCUUGCUCGAUUCAUUGUAGAGACACAUUGAAGUUUAAUCGAAAAUUACUCUGGGGAGUUUUCCCCAAGCUUGCGAGUUAGGUUUGUUCUUGGUUUUGUUCAGGAAUUGAAGAUCAAUCAAGCCAAGUAUUCACCUUGGUUGAUUGGUGAAUCUACCCACGUUAGCCUCCUCCCCCUUGUGUUGAGGUUGUUGACUUGGUACCCUUUACUUUUCCAUCGAUCACACUCUCUGAUUACUACGAAACCACCAUCACCACAACCUCCUUUGCAUCAAGCUACGGAUUCUGAUUCGAGUUCCAUCCUGGGGCUCAUCAAGUGGCAUCAUCGUCUGGUUCAAACACAGUGGCAAUGACGAAAAAGGUACAUGAAAUUAGGCCUGUUGCGGCAAGAACAAGGAAGAAAGAUCACAUCGCAUUGUGGAAGGAACCAAAGGAAACAGAGCUUGAUUCUGAGUAUGACGAGGAAGUUCAGCUUCAAGAAACAACCAUGACAGGGCAUCAUUUUAACAUGACGGAGAUGUUUCACACAAUUAUGGCACAAAUCAACGCGACAUUCCAUACACAAUUUGAUCACAUCAACCAGCAAUUGGCCAAAUUGAAGUAGACGACGAUAGAGCCGAAAACGGCGGCAGGGGAUGACGUGGACACUAGGGCAGACAGGAUACAAAAUGCUCGAACAGUCGAUGAAAGAAUUCACAAUUUGGAAAGGCGAGUAAUAAUACCUUGGGACGAUCCCCGUGACCAUGGGUUCCACGAUCAUGAUCAUCGACACCAAAAGCCUGAGCCAGCCGAGGAAUUGAUGGGAAUCAAGCUCACCCUACCCUCGUUUCAGAGGAGCCUUAAUCCGGCAGAAUAUCUCGACUAGGAACGUAAAGUAACUCUAUUUUUUUACUGUCAGAUUUACUCGGAGCGACAGAAGGUUACACUGGCAAAGUUUGAAUUUGGAGGAUACGUCGCUGCCUGAUGGGAACAGCUCCGUAUCAAGCAUCGCCGAAUCGGUUUACCUCUAGUGGCAACUUGGUUGGAGUUGAGAAGUGUGAUGUGAGAACGAUUUGUGCCCGCUUAUUAUCAACGUGAUCUUCACGAAAGGUUUCAAUCGCUUCGUCAAGGAAGCAGAAGUGUCGAAGAGUAUUAUAGGGACUUAGAUCUUCUCUUCAUCCGAGCCGACAUACGAGAGGAUAAGGAGGUUACGAUCAUCAAUUUUUACACGGUCUCCAGCGUGAAAUUAAAAAUCCAGUAGAGCUCUUCCCAUUCGUAGAAAUUGAAGAGGUCGUUCACUUGGCAGUGAAGGUAGAAAAGCAAUUGUAACAGCAGGGUGUGAUAAUCGGCUUUGACAUAUUGAAUUUUUGGACUUUAUAUGAUUAUUCAUGGUAUGUUUUAGCCGAUUGGUGCUAUUUUAGGGCUCGCUAACCCGAGAAUGGUUGAAAAACCAUUACUGCCUAGUGCCAUGAGUUUGAUGUGUUACAGGUGGAGAAAGCACGAAAAAGAAGCGAGUGCACGAACAAUUGAUUGGUCCCAAAUCACCCCACCUCGGGAAGAAUUAAUUUGGGCCGGGGACUUUGGAAAAGGCAGGUGGCGGACAUAAUCUCUUGGGCCAGCAAAUUGCAUAGCUGGCGGUGGACAAGGCUAAGAGGAUGGAGGAGGACGAAAUUGCUGGGGGGGGAGAUUUCUUUUGGGAAAAGAAAGCAAAAGGCGGCUGAGAUUUAUUAUUGAGAGAGGGCGGAAUUCCAUAGCCAGAGGGGAAAAAGACAGCAGCGCGCAGCAGCUGAGGGAAAAGAGGGAAUUAUUUUUCUCUGGGCGAUUUUUCUUGGAGAGAAAGAAAGCGAAGGGCAGCAGGUAAUUAUUGUUGGGGGAACGAAAUUCUCUUGGAAAAUAAAGAAAGAGGCGAGAAUUCUUUGGGAGAGAAGAAAAAGCAGACGUAGCGCAGCGAGGGUUUUUGGGGGACGAGGGAAUUAGUGAGAAAAGCAGCGCAGCGAAGCAUCGGGCGAUUGAGCAAUUGACGAUCAGUUUUUCCAAGGUUUGAGCUGAAUUCAACGAGAGCGAUUAGUUGGUUGGAUUUUCUAAACCGAAUUAGUUGUUAUUUGUUGAUUUAGAACAUGAUGAACAAUACCCUAUCGAUUUAUCUCAAUUUCAUCAUGAACUAAACCCCAAUUUCUGGGGGAAACACCAUAGGAUGUAGCUAUUUCUUGAUUUGAUGGAUUGAUUUAUGAUUCUUUUCUUCCAAUCUCUAUUGCAUGGAAUUGCUUAAUGCUUUGUGUUGACUGGCCACCAAUACAACGAUUUGUAGUUAAUUAGGUUAUUAGCGACAGUGAAAUCCUAUUAACUGAACAUAUUUCAUGUGACAUAGUAACUUAUCGAAGCGACAGUGGAUUAAAUAAGGUGCUAUGCGGUCUUAAAUAGGAUAUCGAUCUUCAGGCUAAAUAAUUAGGUCAUUGAGCUACGACAGUAGGAUUUGAUUUAAUUGUUUAGUACGUAGUAAUUCCCGACAGGGAUAGCUAGCACAUUCGUGAUAUCCUGGCUGUAGAGAUAUGGAUUAAAUUGAUUGGAAUAUGUGAAUUAAUCUGGAUAGGAUAGGUAGUGAAUCCCAGUGUUUCUCCCAGAGCUUCUCCCAUUGAAUUUCUCCCGACAAGUUUACUUUGCUUAAUUAGUUUAAUUAUUUUGCUUUUAGAAAUUAGUUUAUAUCUCAAACCAUUUUCACUUAUAGUUUGCUCAUAAAUUUGAUAGAAUAUAAGGUUGUACCAGUCCCUGAGAGACGAUACCCGGACUUUCCGGUUUACUACGAGAUAGGAAUUGAAGCUAUACGCUUUUGCCCUAUCAAGUUUUUGGCGCCGUUGCCGGGGACUGCCAUACCUUAUUUUUUGUUGAUUUUUGUGAGUGAACUAUUUUGAUCUGUGUGCAGGUGAAUUUCAGGUUAAUCCUUUUUGUGCAUGCCUAGGAGGACAACCAGGGAUUUAUUGCCACUAGACCUGGAGAUCGAGAAGACCUGUCGACUGAACAGGAAGCAGGUCAAGUUAGGGAAGCAGCCAACCACAACUCCUAGGCCUUCCCUAACCCAGAGAGGGCAGGCUUCAUCACCUGUCGUCCCUACACCACCACCACCACCUCAUGACAUUGAGCCAGUCAUCAUGGCAGACGAGGAUCGUUCGAUCAGGGCUCGUUUAAAUCGACGGACUGGAGCCCGGGCUUCAUGUGUUUUCAUUCCGGCUGGGGAUGCAACCAUGGAGAUUACCCCAGCAUUUAUCAACAUGAUCACCAAUGGGUAUACUUUCUCUGGGGCUAGCAAUGAGGAUCCUCACGAGCAUCUCCGCCGGUUCGCGAGUAUAUGUGAUACAAUGAAGAGCCCCACAGUAUCUGAUGAUGCAAUCCGUCUUCGGAUGUUCUCAUUUUCUCUGCUAGGGAAUGCAUCACACUGGUUCCAAAACUUAACACCCCGUUCCAUCACGACAUGGAGUCAGCUUGAGAAGGUAUUUCUGGAUAAAUACUUCCCACCUGCCUUGGCAAUGAAGAGGCAAGAAGAGAUUGUUACUUUUAAGCAGGCUGAUGAUGAGAGUCUGACUGAGGCAUGGGAGCGCUACAAAGGGCUGUUGAUGAGAUGCCCAAGCCAUGGUCUUGAAGAUUGGAACGUGAUCAUUAUUUUCUUCAAUGGAAUCAGAAGGGAGUUUCGGGAUGCUCUGAAUAAUGCUUCCCGAAAUGGUUUCACAAGAAUGGAAGCACCAGAAGCAUAUGAACUGGUGGAGAAGAUAUGCUCUGAAGAUACUGAAUGGGGUAGUGAGACCGGCAUUUGAAGGAGAGGAGGCUUGCAUGAGAUAGACAGAGUGGCAAGCUUAGAAGCAAAGAUUGAUGCUAAGUUGGAUUCCAAGUUCGAUGCACUCGAACGAAGGCUGGCUAAGAUGGAUCUUGGUAGACAGGAGGAGGUUGCUUUUUGUGAAUUAUGUGAAUGUGUUCAUCAUAGGGAUCUAUGUCCACUGGUGGCUGAUCAGUUGGAAGAUGUGCACUAUAUCAACAAUCAGCGAAAUCAAGGCCAGGGUGGUAUGUAUUCAAAUACCUACAACCCGCAAUGGAGAAAGCAUCCUAACUUUUCCUGGGCGAACAACAACCCAACUGGUGUUCGAAACAUCCCACCUCAUGGUUUUCAACAGCAGAAGCCUCAACCAGAGAAGAAGCCCCAGCUGGAGGAGUUGAUUUUGGCUCAUAUGCAGAAAACAGACAAUAAUUUCAAGGGCCUGGAUCAAUUUGUCACUCAACAGCUAGCCAUCAACAAUAAUUUACAAUAAUCUAU